AUUCCGCUCGGCAGCAGGAAUGGUAACUUGGGAAAGUGUUGUAGUGGCUGUUAAAGACGACUUGUAAGCACUUUCGGUUAAAGAGAUUCGUUUAUUUUUCAACUCGUACCUGCACUGUAGUGGGUUCGAAUGUACGGUGGUAAGGUCAACCUGUUGCUGGUGUCGCGGUAGAGUCUGCUUCGUGUGACCGAGAUGUUCCUUUGUGGAUGGGAUGGCGUCUGGUCCCGUUUGUCUGCGCACUCGUAGCCUCGACAGAACAUUUCCCUUACAAGUGACUUUAUAACUCUUCUUGCUCGGGAAGAUGCACGUUUCUCUGGCAGAAGCCUUGGAGGUGCGUGGAGGUCCUCUCCUGGAGGAGGAGGUGUGGGCAUUACUCAGCCAAAGUGCAGAGAGCCUCCAAGAUCUCUUUCACAAAGAUCCUACAGCUGUGGGCUUCAUCAUCUCUCCCUGGUCCAUCCUCCUCAUGCCAUCUGGAAACAUCUCAUUUACAGAUGAAUAUGUCACCCAGCAGGACGUACGAGCUUUUACAUCUCCAGAGGUCCUGGAGGGGGUCAACUUGACUUCUGUCUCAGACAUAGAAAAGAUGCAUAUGUACUCUCUGGGGAUGACCCUAUUCUGGGGAGCAGAUUACGAGAUCCCCCAAAGUCAGCCUAUGAAGUUAGGGGAACACCUGAACAGUCUGCUUCUCAACAUGUGUGACGACGUGACAUUGAGUCGUUUGUCACUGCGCACCGUGCUGGAUGUCUGCAGCAAACAAAUCAGAAACUCUAGCUGUGACCCUCCCUUCACCUAUGUCAGAAAACUGGUCCGUUUGGUACUGGGCAGCCUUUCUCAGCUGGAUGGUUUGCUGACGGAUAGAGAGUCUCUGCCUGAGCGGAGUAAGGAGAUUCGGGAGAGGUUGAGAGGAAAAGGCUUACCUACAGGGAGGAGUGCUGCCUCCAGAGUUUUAGAGCGUUACAGAGCCAGGUCUCAGGAGCAGGCAUCUCUUAACCGGGGCCUCAGUCGAUCCAUGGGGUCCCUGCCAAUCCAGGAUCUUUUAAAGGGGGAUGACAGGACAACCCAUCAGUAUUCUGUGUCUGACUACCACUCUGACACGCCAACAGAACGCUAUGCUAAACCUCAGCCACUCCAGCACCAACAGUCAUACCCUUAUCUGCAUCCUCUUCACCCCCAGCAAAAGGGCCGGCCUGUUGAACUGGACAGAAGGUCUUUACCCUUCUAUAGUGGAGACCUAGGGCCAAGCCAGCCCAGGAAGAGUUGGGCUUCUUCUGUGGACCUAGCAUGUAUUGACCCAGAAGCUCUCCGAUUUGGAGCUUUAGAGGAUGCACGAAGAGGCAGCAGCGCACUAAGUACCCACUCCAUAGGGAGGUACAAUGCACCUUUGCGGGCAUCCAAGGGGAGUGAUCCAUAUUAUUCCGAGUUCGGUGGGCUGAAGAGUAGGAAGCCUCAUCAUCACUCGGCCCACUCUGUAGGCUCGGGCCUCGGAGCAUAUGACAAGAUCAAGGAGAGUCAAAGAAAACUUCAGAUGCUACGACAAGCAGUGGAAGACCCGGUCCACACCCAUCAGAGGUACCACAGUGAUUACAGUUCAUCCAGCGAAAGCCCUUCAUUGACUUCAUCUGAUCCAGAUUAUAGACAAGCCAAGAAACCAGGUGAGGUGAGGAAGUUCGGGUCACAGGGGACCCUCUCUGCUGAACACGAUGCCCUGUCACUUACGAGCCACAAUACACACAGGCACAGGCAGUUUGACUGUGCAGCUGAUGAUGGUCUAUCUGGAGCAGAGCUCCUCCUCCACAGGCAGGAGGAGGUGCAGCGGCUUCAGGCCCACCUUGCCAGUAGGCUGUCCAGGACCAACGUCUAUUCCAUAGAUGAGCCUGCGCCAUUAAGCACUAUGCUUGACCUUCAAGACCCCCUCUACCCCUCUACUAUGCCACUCCGCAAGCCCAAGAACUUUCACGGUGCUGAGUUUGUGAAAAUGGCCAGUGAGCCUUGUGUUGCCUUGACUGUCCCCUCUUCACUAACGAAACGUGGGAAGGUGGAGGACGUGCAGAGGAAAGUGGGCGUCGUACUGCUCAAUGGCCAGAAGCUGGAGAUGAGCUGCGACAUCAAAGCUGUUUGUAAAGAUGUUCUUGAUAUGGUUGUUGCCCACAUUGGGCUGGUGGAGCACCAUCUUUUUGGCCUCGCAUACCUUAAAGAUACUGAGUUUUUCUUUGUUGAGCCUGAUGCCAAACUGUCCAAAUUGGCCCCAGAAGGAUGGAAAGAGGACCCAAAAAAGAGGAAAAUCGAUGUGCCCUUUAACCUUUUCUUGCGCAUCAAAUUCUUCCAUGAUGAUGUCAGUCUCAUACAGCAUGCUAUGACCAAACAUCAGUACUACCUACAGCUGAGGAAGGAUAUCUUGGAGGAGAGGAUGCGCUGUGACACGGAAAAUGCCAUAUUGCUGGCCUCUCUUGCACUGCAAGCAGAAUUCGGCGACUACCAACCUGAGCUUCAUGGGAAAACCUAUUUCAGACUGGAACACUACCUGCCGCUGUCUGUCCUUGAUAAAGUGGAGCAGUCAGCCAUCAAAGAGGAGCUGCCUAAACUUCACAGCAACUACUAUGGAGCAACUGACUCAGAAGCAGAGUUUGAGUUCCUCAAGGUGAGCCAGAAGCUGACAGAGUAUGGAGUCCAUUUCCAUCGAGUACUUCCUGAGAAGAGAUCCCAGACGGGCAUCAUGCUGGGCGUCUACUCCAAGGGGGUGCACAUCUUUGAGGUCCUUAAUGGAAAUCGUACCCCGGUACUACGGUUCCCUUGGAGGGACACCAAAAAGAUCUCCUUUGCCAAGAAGAAAAUUUGUCUUCAAAACACAUCCGAUGAGAUUAAGCAUCUAUUUCAAACUGACAGCAACAAGACGUGUCAGUAUCUGCUCCAGCUCUGUUCCGAUCAGCACAAGUUCCACCUUCAGACAAAGGCACGCCAAAACAACCAGGAGCUACAGGAUUUGGAGAAUUGUCCCCUAAGCAGUUUGCAGUAUUCCCUUGAAUCUCAAAGUGGAGACGCAGCACAGAGGUCAGUGAGCUCGGGUAACCUGGCCCCCUCAUUAUCGACUCGCUCCAAUCCAGACCACCUGAACAGGAUCUCGUACUCCGAGGCAAACCUCAACAAGGCGCCAUCAGCCAAGCUGCUGCCCCCGAAUGAGCUGCUUUUUCCAGGUUUCAAUCCAUGGUUCUCCGUCAGUCCUAAUCCACGGUUAAUGAGUCGGUCUCACCACAACCUCACGGAGAUGCCAGAGUCUCCAGAGUACGGAGCGGCAGUGUCCUAUCACGGUCAGACAGACACCGGACCGAGCCUGGCUCAGACCCACCAAGCAUCCUCUCACUUCCAGCAAAAUCAGCGAGCCAGCUCUGACACAGACUCCGUCUCACACCAAGAAAAAGCAUUUGACAAAGUGUCCCACAGCAGUCCAUCCUGGAACCUCAAUAGAUCCAAAAUAGAGUCCGAUGCUUCUUCCACAGAAGAUACUGGCCAAGCAUAUGUAGUAGGGGUCAGUAUGCAUAAUUCCUCUGGUCUUCCAUCAACCCCAGUCUCUCUUAAUGAUUCACUAAUGAAAAAAGUCAGUGCCUUACCUCUUCCAGAGAGAGAAAUCACAACUGUAAAGCUGAAAAAAGAUGCGAAAUAUGGUCUAGGUUUGCAGGUUGCAGGAGAGGAGAACUCUGGUCGUACAGACCUUGGAACCAUCAUUACCUCCAUUACUCCUGGAGGUCCUGCUGACAUCAAUGGCUGUCUCAAACCUGGUGACCGCCUGAUUUCUGUGAAUGACGUGAAUCUCGAAGGUAUCCCUCAUGCCACCGCCACUGAUGUUUUAUGGAAUGCCCCUGCUGAUGUUACACUGGUGGUGUUGCAGCCCAAAGAGAGGUUGUACAAAGGUAUUCCAGAGACUUCUUUCAGCUCCGUUCCCUACCUGCUCGACUCUGAAGUGAAGACCCUUCAGUCUGGCCAGAAAGGGGAAAUGGAUUUUGACUCUUCAUCAGAAGAGCUGGGAAUUGGAAGCUCUAGUCCUCUUCUCCACAGAGCUGGCACAUCCUCAUCUCCAUCCUCCCCAGUCCGCUAUCAAAUCAUCCUCAGUUCUCAGGAGCCUAAGCCAAACAGUGUUGUGAAAAUCAGCCAGUCACCCAAUCAAGGAUUUCAGCAGAGCCUUGAUGGAGCUGCUACCAGCUUUACAGCACCAUCCAUUACUCCUUCUACCUCCCAUCGACCAGAACUGAAUGUGGAUUUAGACCCUGUGCCACCAGCUCUGCCACCCAAAACUAGGAAAGCUAAAGUCUUGGAAGCUCCUAAGGUUUCUGAACAUUCUGACUUGGGGGAUUCAGACAUGGAUGAGGAGACUUCCAGCAGUCAAGAGAAAUUCAUAGUUAAAAAGGAACACGUCUUGGAAAAUUUAAAUGCUAAUGACACAGAAGUCAGUAGUCUCCAUCCAGGAGGUCUAUUUGACGUUGAGCUGUGUAAAAAAGACAGCAGCCUGGGCAUAAGUGUCAUGGGCGGAGCCAACACAACUGUCCAAAAUGGAGGCAUUUACGUUAAAGGCGUUACACCAAAAGGUGCUGUUGACCUUGAUGGAAGAAUACAGAAAGGUGAUCGUGUGGUGGCUGUCAAUGGAAAAAGUCUUGAGGGAGCCACUCAUCAACAAGCAGUGGAAAAUCUCAGAGACACCGGGCAGAUGGUGCGCUUGUUGUUGGAGAAGGGUCGGCUGCCACCAAAGCGUGUUCAUGCUCCCAUCACUUCUCAGAGCACUCCACCUUAUGGAGGUAGUGACCAAGAUCAGACCAAGAACAAAGAGCAGCCUGUUGAGGUCAAAAACAAACCAGAAUACAGUUUUGUCACACAAGAUAAUGUUUUUGAGGUGAGCUUGCUGAAGAACACAUCAGGGCUGGGCUUCAGUUUUAGUCGAGAGGAGAACAUCCUGGACGAGCCCCCUGGCACCAGUAUGGUGCGUGUUAAAAAGCUGUUUCCUGGCCAACCAGCAGCAGAGAGCGGACGCAUAAACGUGGGCGAUGUCAUCAUGCGAGUCAAUAAAACUCCCCUCAAAGGCCUCUCUCAACAUGAGGUGAUUUCAGCAUUGCGAGGAACAGGCCAGGAGGUGACUUUGCUCCUGUGUAGACCUGAACACGGCAUCCUUCCCGAGUUGGACACUUCAGUUUCAACACCCAAGCCAUCACCCCGAAAGGAGCCCUUGAAAACUGCAGAGUCCAAUGUGAAUUUAAGCAGUGGAACUUCUCCCUCAGACAGCACAAACAAGAGGAGUCAUGGCACUGUACAGGAUGCCCUGGAAAGGCUAUUGCAUAAGAGCCCAGGCCGACGAAACAGUUACAGUGACAGCACUGAUGGGGAUGAGGAGGUGGAAGAAGCCUUCACUCCAAAUACCUGGGAGCACACCAGGCAAAGCUGGGACCGAAGUGUCUACCACACCCCGAGUAGCAACCUGACUCUGGGACGUUAUGAUAGCACUGGUCAAUUGGAUGACACAGUCACCUCAGCCUUCUACUCCCCUAACCUGUCAAUGACAAGAUUAGAUCUGAGGAGUCAGUCAUCACCAGUGACAGCUGAGCUGAAGUCAUCCCCACUGCCAAUGGUAUCCUCUCUCAAUGCUCCAAGUCCCGAUCCCCUGCCUCUUCCGCUGCUUUUGCCUUUAAAUAUUACCACGUCCGGCAAUGGACAGGACAUGGAUGAAUUUGUCCCGGAGGUAGAACUAAAGAUCUCCUUGGUGAAGUCAGAAAAGGGCAGCCUGGGCUUUACUCUCACCAAAGGGAAUGAUCAGGGAUGUUACAUCCAUGACAUCGUUCAGGAUCCAGCCAAAGGCGAUGGCAGGCUAAGGCCUGGGGACAGAAUGAUCAUGGUGAACAACACUGAUGUAUCCAGAUUUGGCCACACUGAGGUAGUCAACCUUGUGCGUGCUGCGCCUCGGGUAGUUGACCUGGUGGUGGCACGAGUGCUCGAGGCACCUAAGCCCCCCAUAGAAGCCCAUGUGCUGCCUGAUAUCUGCUUUAAGAAACACCAAAAGCCGCUGGGUUUGGCUUUGGGCGGCGGUAGUGACAGUGCAUACAACAUUUUGUUUGUGCAAGACAUCGUACCAGGUUUACUGGCCUCUGAGGAAGGCAGCCUGAAACAGUUUGACAUAAUCCACUACAUCAACGGGGCUCCCACCCAGGACCUCACCCUGAGUGAGAGCACCAGACUGCUGGAGCUCUCUCUUGAGGAUCUCACUCUCAAAGCAACAAGGGAUGGAAAGCCAGUUUGUCCUGAGCACAAAAGUGUCUCUUUUCGCAAUAACAUCAGCUCCAGUGUUAAUGGCUGUCUUAAAGGGGAAGACGGAGGAGACACAGAUGGCCUUGCUGCACUUUGUCCUCCAGAGGAGGAGAUCAUAAAGCUGGAGCUGCAGAAACCACAGUCCAGCGGUCUUGGUUUUUCGGUAAUUGGUGGAGAAAGGGGAAUCUUUGUCAAGUCCAUCAUGCCAGGAGGAGCCGCAGACUCGUCAGGAAAGCUGCAAGUCGGAGACAGGCUGCUGAAAGUGAAUGAAGACUUAAUGACAGGUGUAUCUCACGCUAAAGCUGUCACCACAAUCCGUAAAGCUAAAGGCCUCGUGCACCUUGUGGUGUCCAGACCACCAGAUCAGAACCCCAACACAUACUUGGCCUAUCUGCCCAUCAACUCUGACAAGUGUAAUGGAAACACAGAUGUGAGUGAAGAUGGUGGUGUGAAGACAAAGGUCUCUGUUCCCCAUAAGGAGCCAAAAUCUAGCAACAUCCCUUCCUUACCACCAAUAGAUUAUGAAGAUGAUUCUCAGGACCACAAACGACAGACUAAGCCGAGCACAGAGCUUUCUGAGGACACAGACUGUGACGGUUUUUCUUUACCUGAAGACUCCCCCGAGAGUUCCCACAAGGUGGACUGGCCAGAGGAGAGUGUGGACGAGCUAAGAAAUGCAAACUAUCUGCAAAUGGGUGCUGGACAGCCAGAGGAGGAUGAAAUAACGUGGGGCAGUGAUGAGCUGCCGAUUGAAAACAUUAACUCCAAAUCUGCAGAUGACGGGCCUAUUGUCACAGAGGAAGAGCUGACCUUGUUGCCGCUGGUCAAAGUGGUUCCUGACGGCCAAUACACGGGAACCAAACUCAGCACGGUGGUCCGCAUGAUGAGAGGGCUUCUGGAGCAGGAAGUCCCACUGCAGGAGUUUGAAAACCUUCAGAAUCUGCAGCCCUUGGAUGACUGUUUAAUAGGGCAGACGAAAGAGAACAAGAAGAAGAAUCGCUACAAGAAUAUUGUUCCAUUUGACACAACACGAGUCAUGCUGGGCAACAAUGGUGGCUACAUUAAUGCCAACUUUAUCAAGAUGCCAGUGAAGGAUGAGGACUUUGUUUACAUCGCCUGCCAGGGACCUUUGCCCACCACCAUGGCUGACUUUUGGCAGAUGGUCUGGGAGCAGAAGUCUAACGUGAUCGCCAUGAUGACCCAGGAAGUGGAGGGAGGGAAAGUGAAAUGUCAGCGCUACUGGCCUGACACACCGAGGACAGCAGAGAUGGUGGAUGACCAUUUACAGAUCACACUGAUCAAAGAUCAAAAACUGGAUAACUUUAUCAUCCGACUCAUCGAUGUCAAAGACAUCAAGACCAACAGAGUCCUUCGUGUUACUCAUCUGAACUACACGGGUUGGCCGGACCAUGGAACGCCAUCCCAGCCUGAACAGCUGCUCAUUUUCAUUUCCUACAUGAGACACAUUCAUCAAUCAGGACCAGUAAUCACUCACUGCAGCGCAGGCAUCGGCCGGUCAGGAACCCUGAUCUGUAUCGACGUGGUUCUGGGUCUCAUCAGCAAAGAUGCAGAUUUUGAUAUUUCAGAUGUUGUAAGAACCAUGAGACUCCAGAGACAGGGGAUGAUCCAAACAGAGGAUCAAUAUGUUUUCUGCUAUCAAGUCAUCCUCUAUGUACUCCGAUGCCUUCAAGCAGAAGAAAACAUCUCAGGAUAGCAGAGCUCGGUGGUUUACAGCAGCAAGGCUACAAUGGAGGAGCAUUGACCUUGGCAGAAGUUGCCAAAUUACUUUUUUUAAUUAGAAUUAUAAUACCUUAAAAUACUUAAUGCCAUGAGCGCACAUCCUUUAAAGAAGUCUAUAUUUUUAUGUUUGCUUUUUGAGUUCUCUUUCUUUGGCUGCUAUUCCCUUUUUCAUGCAUUCCUGAGAACUGCUGAUUGUAUAUCUUAUGUAUCACGGACCAGAGAAUAAAACACACACACAUGCACAAUUUUAAAUUUUUACGAAAGUGAUCAACGAUUUCAUGUCUGGAACAAAAUUUUACUUGUGUAUUUUAAAUACUAUUUUGAAACUGGACCUUGUCUUGACAGAAUACUAUGUCAGUAUUUGCUUUGUAAAUUGUUCACUUCCUGAGGUAAAUGAUGGAAUUAAGUGUACAUAUUCAUUUGCUGAGAAUUAAACUGGAUACAUUUUAAAGUUA